AUGUCAGAUAGCGAGGAAAGCGAUGGAGAAGGCGGUCUUGGGAAUCUGAACCGCUUGAUAGUCCGCCCGCCGGGACACAGCGGUAAGGCGAAGCGCGGUCACCUGUGCUUCGAUGCAGCGUUCGAGUGCGGUAACCUGGGCAGAGCGGAUCAUAUCACAGAACUAGAGUACGAUCUCUACAUCAGACCGGACACCUGCAGACCUAGAGCCAGGUUCUGGUUCAACUUUACUGUGGAAAAUGUUAAACAGGACCAGAGAGUCAUCUUUAAUAUUGUUAAUUUUGGCAAAGAAUUUACGUUAUACGAUAAAGACAUGACACCACUGGUUAGAUCAACUUCGCGGCAGAAAUGGCAGCGAAUACCUAGACGUCUUAUAUUCUAUCACAAAUCACUAGUACAUCGAGGACGCAAGAUCCUCAGCCUGGCGUUUGGAUUCGAUCGCGAAGAAGAUGUAUAUCAAUUUGCUGCUGCGGCACCGUACUCCUAUUCGCGGCUCCAGAAAUAUUUAGCUACGUGGCAGAAAAAAGCGGAGAGCUUCGCUACAAGAGAAACAAUCGCACAAUCAACGCAAAAACGUCAAAUUGAUCUAAUUACUAUUGGAGAUUUAAAUGUAAAGGAAUCGGAAAGUAAGGAGGAAAACUUGAUAAAAACAAAGAGUAGUGACAUGAAGAAGCGAGUGGUGCUUGUGAUUGCCCGAGCGCACGGCGGGGAACCGCCGGCGUCAUACAUCUGCCAAGGUUUGUUGGAUUAUAUCAUUAGUUCUGCAGAGAACGCGUCUGCUAUAAGGGAUCAUAUAGUAAUUCAGGUGGUGCCCAUGUUGAACCCUGACGGCGUGUUCCUGGGUAGCCAGCGCGCCGAUCUCCUUGGCUCUGACCCCAACCGGAGCUGGCACCGCGCUACCACCUUCGCGCACCCACAACUCGUCGCAGUCAAAGAACAUAUACGGAAAAUUACCAGUGAAAAAAAGCUCCAGUUGGACUUCAUAAUCGACAUCCACGCGGACAUUAGUCAUGAAGGUAUCUUCGUACGCGGCAACUCUUAUGACGACGUGUACAGGUUCGAGCGUCACGCGGUGCUGCCGAAGUUCCUGUCGCUGCGGCUGGAGGCAUGGCAGGCGGAGCAAUGUUUGUACAACGCGGAGCCAGCGCUGGCGGGGAGUGCACGUCGCGCG